AGCACCCCGUGGACUCGCGUGCGCCGGGCCCCUCGGCCUUGAAACCCCUUGCUCUCACCUCACCGAUACUGCACACCCAAUGUUCACUUGGACGGGACACCGCGAUUUGUAGUUCAAUCAAAGAGAUCGACCCGGUUUUUUUUUUUUUUUCUUCUUCUUCUUCUUUUUGUGCUGUACGCGGGAUGAACACGGCUUCCACUUGACUCCUAAUUGAGGCUCGUUCGCGGCGUGCGUGCAGUGCGCGGAUGACAAGUGAACCUUGAAAUUUUUCAGUGCAAUUCAGUGAGUCACGCGGCGAGCGGCGCGGAUAAGUAUCAAGUGCGAGGAGGGAAGUCGCCGGAAACCGCGGCUGGGUAUUAUGCUAAUCAGACGGCGCUCAGAAUGCGGGAGGAAGAGCUCGAGAUAUCACUCAAGGUGGUGAUAGUGGGAAAUGGCGCGGUCGGCAAGUCCUCCAUGAUACAGAGGUUCUGCAAGGGCACCUACACCCGCGACUACAAGAAGACCAUCGGCGUCGAUUUCCUCGAGCGAGAGGUCGAAAUCGAUGGCGAGGACGUGCGGUUGAUGUUGUGGGACACGGCUGGCCAGGAAGAGUUCGAUGCCAUCACUGCAGCCUACUAUCGUGGAGCCCAUGCCUGUGUCCUUGCUUUUUCAGCAACAGAUCGCGACUCCUUCGAGGCCAUUCCCUCGUGGAAAAUCAAGGUAGAAAACGAGUGUGGUGAAAUUCCAACAGUCUUAGUGCAGAACAAAAUGGAUUUGGUGGAGCAAUGUGUCAUUGAUCCAGACGAAGCAGAAAGGCUGGGCCGAGCGUUAGGCUGCAAGCUACUACGUACCUCGGUAAAGGAGGACGUCGGCGUAAUAAGCGUCUUCCGGCACCUGGCGGCUCGAUGUAUCUACGAAAUGCGUCGCUACGAAGAUGAGGAUGACUUUAGAUUCUACACGUCCGGGCCUCGUUCGGCCUCCGUUAUAAGUGCUUUCAGUCCGAAUGGCUCGGUGGGCAGCCGGAAUCCGAGCAAUGGAACGAUCGUCCUGCGAGCGAGCAGCAAGAUGAGACAUCAUAAGAAGCGAAAUUUUGUAAAGAAUGCCUGCCGGUUACUUUAGCAAAACUAUCGGCUUUAUAAGAGAUAUAAAAUUGUUCUACAUAUUGAUGUACGAUCGUUAUUUAUUAACGCUAUUUCAAUCUCUUUUUUUCUCGUAUCUUUAUUUUUUUUGGACUAACAUUUUAAUAAGAGCUUAAAUACCCAUAAGUUCCAUGCGUAUGGAUAAGUGUAACGAGGCAAC